CUCUCCACAGAUAAUAUUUGUGGCAGAGAGGUGCCGACUUUGGCCAAUUAACAUAGAAUAAACUGAAAAUGCAAAGCUGAAACCAAAAUGUAUGGCAUUAGCGACUACUAACUCCAAACCUUUGAAGCAAAACUAUAUGGCCAUCAAUCUCACCACUGCUUCUCUUCACUCAAAGCCUUCCUUUCUGACUCACAAACAACACAACAACAACAACAAUCCCAUCAAAUUCUACCAUCCAACAUGUGCUCAAACACAAGACACUGGAGUUACACAGGAAGAUGCUUCUGCUGGAUCUUUAUCUUCUUCUCGUGCACAGCUGGAUCUUUUGGAGCAACUUACAUCCACAAGCUCACCUAAUAGUGGUUAUGAAAGUGAUGGUAGCUCUCCCAAACUUACAAUCCGAGAGCAGCUUGCGCAGUUGGUUGGGGAAAGGGAUGAUGAUUUCAGCAUACCCCUAGGUAAAAACUUGAAGAAAGUGAGUGCAAAGUUCUUGACCAUUUCACAGAAGAGAAAUAUCAGGAGACAAGCUUACCUAAAUGAAGUGUCUCAGAGGAAUGAUUCAGUUUUCUUUGCAACCAUAGGAGCAUUUGUGAUUCUUCCACCUUUUAUAAUACUAGGAAUAGCUAUAUUAACUGGCUAUGUACAGCUUUUUCCUUGAAAUAUGAUAUAAAUAACAAUACUUACUGAUGUAUCAAUGUAAUAUUAAUAGAAUUUCUUAGCUUAUUAUUAUGUUUCUCCUGUUUUA